GGCUCUCCAUCCAUUUCUUUCUUUAUAAAGUCUCGUACACGAAACCAUAUGAAAAAAAAAUAUAUAUUAUUUCUGUGUAGGAAUUGUAUGAGAGGAAAAAGUUAUGGUUUUGGAAUUCUGUAUUAAUCCAGCUGAAACCAUAGAUUUCAUUUUAGCAGAGAACAACAUCCAUGGAAUCCGAUAACCAGAAAAAACUCUGCAACAGUCUUGUUAGUUCUAUGUUCUUUCUUUCUGGGUUCUAUUGUUGGGGUUGGGAAUUCUUGACAGCUCUCCUGCUUUUUAGUUGCUCUUUCUAAAACAAACAUAGAUAUUAGCUGAUAUACAGAUUUAGAUUAGUUUCCAUUUAUUUGAUUACUUGUGUUUUUAUUUUUUUAAUUUCCUGGUUUCCUGUGGGUUGGGGUUGGUGAGAGGGGUAAAACGGGAAGAAAUGUCGCAAAGGUCAGUUCCGGCGCCAUUUUUGACGAAAACUUUCCAGUUGGUGGAUGAUCCGAGCACUGAUGACGUGAUUUCUUGGAGUGAAAGUGGCACAACUUUUAUUGUUUGGAAGACUGCUGACUUUGCUAAAGAUUUGCUUCCUAAUUACUUCAAGCACAACAAUUUCUCUAGCUUUGUUCGCCAACUUAAUACCUAUGGAUUUAAAAAGAUUGUGCCCGAUAAAUGGGAAUUCGCGAACGAGAAUUUCCGGCGAGGAAACAAACACCACCUCUCCGAAAUCCGUCGCCGGAAAACUAAAUCUCCAACUUCGGCCUCCGGUAAGCCCUCCCAAGGAGUAAUACCACCGGCCGCCUCGCCAUCAAACUCUGGCGAGGAUUUAGGCUCUACCUCCACGUCAUCUCCGGACUCCAAGAAUCUGGGAUCGGUGGAGACGGCGGCUGCGGCGGCGGGGACAUCACAAGCCGCCGAUUUGUCAGACGAGAACGAGAAAUUGAAGAAAGAUAACGAGAUUUUAAGCUCUGAGUUGGCGCAAGCUAAAAAAAAAUGUGAUGAGCUUAUUGCUUUCUUGACUGAGUAUGUGAAAGUAGGGCCAGAUCAAAUCAAUAGCAUCAUGCGGCAAGGGAGUUGUUGUGGAUCAUCCAUUGUUGAUGGAUUGGUUAGUGGGGCCAGUAGGAUAGAUGACGACGAUGACGAUAAUGGUGAUGAAAAAGGGGUAGAAGAGGAGGCUGAAAAUGGAAUUAAAUUGUUUGGGGUUUUGCUGAAAGGGAAUAAGAAAAAGAGGGGCCGUAGCGAAAACAAUCAUAUUGGAUUUGUCAGGCCCCAUGCUAAGGAAAUCAAGAUCUGCAAUUAAUGGCGUUGUAUGGUAAAGGAUUGGAUGAGCCUUGCAUAUGCAUGUGAUAUACAAGAGUGUAGAAGAAAGGGUAAAAUGGUCAUCGUGUUAGUUCUUUUAUGUUCUGUAGUUGUUGUAGGCAAAGAAUAAUAAUAAUAGUAAAGAGUUGCAGGUAUUGAUUAGUGUUAUUAUUAGACUGCUGUGAUGAGGGGUGAACGACCCAAGACAACCCUAAGGUUAUAUUUCGCCCUCUUUUCUAUUUUUCAAGUACAAGGACACUUAAAGUCGCACUAUAUGUGAGAGUGUUAAUAAUGUAUUUUUGUUUUUAUUA